CGGGGCGGCGGUAGGGGAGGCGGCGAGGUUGUUAGGAUCGCUCUUCUGCUUGGCGGUGGCGGUGGCGGCGGCACCAUGUACGGCUUCGUCAAUCACGCCCUGGAGCUGCUCGUCAUCCGCAACUACGGGCCUGCUGUCUGGGAGAACAUCAAGAAGGAGGCACAGCUGGAUGAAGAAGGACAGUUUCUUGUCAGAAUAAUAUAUGAUGAUUCCAAAACAUAUGAUCUGGUUGCAGCUGCGAGCAAGGUUCUUAAUCUGAAUGCUGGGGAAAUUCUUCAGAUGUUUGGGAAGAUGUUUUUUGUGUUUUGUCAAGAAUCUGGUUAUGAUACAAUUCUGCGUGUUCUGGGCUCAAAUGUCAGAGAAUUUUUGCAGAACCUGGAUGCUCUGCAUGACCAUCUUGCUACUAUUUACCCAGGUAUGCGAGCCCCUUCCUUCAGAUGCACUGAUGCGGAGAAGGGGAAAGGACUCAUUCUGCAUUAUUAUUCAGAAAGGGAAGGUCUACAGGAUAUUGUCAUUGGAAUCAUCAAAACAGUAGCUCAGCAGAUCCAUGGUACAGAAAUAGAUAUGAAGGUUAUUCAACAGCGGAAUGAGGAAUGUGACCACAUUCAAUUUUUAAUUGAAGAGAAAGAAUCUAAAGAAGAGGACUACUAUGAAGACCUUGACAGAUUUGAAGAAAAUGGUACCCAAGAGUCUCGCAUCAGUCCAUAUACUUUCUGCAAGGCUUUUCCUUUCCACAUAAUAUUUGACAGAGAUCUAGUGGUCACACAGUGCGGCAAUGCAAUAUACAGAGUCCUUCCACAGCUGCAACCAGGAAAUUGUAGUCUUUUGUCAGUAUUCUCCUUAGUCCGGCCUCAUAUUGAUAUUAGUUUCCAUGGGAUCCUCUCACAUAUCAAUACAGUCUUUGUACUGAGGACCAAGGAGGGGCUGUUGGAUGUAGAGAAGCUGGAGUGUGAAGAUGAGUUGACUGGCACAGAAAUCAGUUGCUUACGCCUGAAAGGGCAAAUGAUCUACUUGCCUGAAGCAGACAGCAUUCUCUUUCUUUGUUCACCAAGUGUUAUGAACUUGGAUGAUUUAACCAGAAGAGGGUUAUAUCUGAGUGAUAUUCCAUUGCAUGAUGCUACUCGUGAUCUUGUUCUUUUGGGAGAGCAGUUCAGAGAGGAAUAUAAACUGACUCAAGAGCUUGAGAUCCUCACUGACAGACUGCAGCACACGCUACGUGCACUCGAAGAUGAAAAGAAAAAGACAGACACAUUAUUGUACUCUGUUCUACCACCAUCGGUGGCAAAUGAGCUGAGACACAAGCGUCCUGUUCCAGCUAAGCGAUAUGACAAUGUCACCAUUCUCUUCAGUGGCAUUGUUGGAUUCAAUGCCUUCUGUAGUAAACAUGCCUCUGGAGAGGGAGCUAUGAAGAUCGUUAAUCUUCUAAAUGAUCUUUACACGAGAUUUGAUAUUCUAACUGAUUCACGAAGGAAUCCAUUUGUUUACAAGGUGGAAACAGUUGGGGACAAGUAUAUGACCGUGAGUGGUCUACCAGAGCCUUGCAUUCAUCAUGCACGAUCUAUCUGCCACCUAGCACUGGAUAUGAUGGAAAUAGCAGGCCAAGUUCAAGUAGAUGGGGAGCCUGUACAGAUAACAAUAGGAAUCCAUACUGGUGAGGUAGUCACAGGUGUCAUAGGCCAAAGGAUGCCACGUUACUGUCUGUUUGGAAAUACUGUCAAUUUAACAAGCAGGACAGAAACUACUGGAGAAAAGGGAAAGAUCAAUGUCUCUGAGUAUACAUACAGGUGUCUUAUGACACCAGAAAAUUCAGAUCCUCAGUUCCACCUGGAGUACAGGGGUCCAGUUUCUAUGAAGGGUAAAAAAGAACCAAUGCAGGUUUGGUUUUUGUCCAGAAAGAGUACAGAGACAGAGAGGUGGUUUUGAAAAGUGAAAGAAGAUAGUCUUCUGAUGGUCUUCUCAUUCUUUUUCACUCCCUGCACCAUUUCAUCUGUCUUCACACAAAAAGAUGCAUUAAGGUUUCCUCCUUUAAGAUGUGCUGAACUGUUGUUAUUUCUGACACUUUAUAGGCUGCAUAUAAUAGUGGUAAUCCAAAAGCAGAGAUCAAAUGAACAACUUCUUAUGUUUGAUUACGUUAUUGUAAUUACUUUGCAAAGGUGCAGUUUUGGUUUUCUUUUAAGAUACUUAUUCUGUCUGACCUUUCAAACACAUACAUGUUCUUAUGAUCAUUAUGAUUUGCAGCGUGAUUAUUUUCAGUGGGAGCCAUUCAUGACAAUUAAUACAGCAUGUUAACAUCUGUUAAGAAUCCAUAUGGCAAAUCUCUUGAGUGGUCACUCCCUGAAAAUAUUUCUUAAAUCUCUUUGAAGAUAUUUCUGCUGAUUGUGCUUUUACUGUGAAGUUUUCUAUCCCCAGUAUCUUUAAAUCCAGAACUGAUUCAUAUUAGUGAUACAGUCCCUUUUUCAGUUACACCUAAGAGAAUGGCAAGCUCACAAUUUGCAUAUCAGUUAGCAAAGCAGAUACUGAAGCCCAGUAAUCGAUAUAUGAUGGGGCAGGUGAACAAAAUGAUUACAACUGGCACAGAGGUAUAAAACCAAUGCUUAAAAUAUGCUGUCUUCACUGGGCCAUCAGGUUGGAGCAACUCAGCAUAUUUCUGACUUUUUUCCUAAGUUGGCAUCUCUUUUUUUUUUUUUUUCCCUAUUUAAGAACUUUGUUCCAUAACACCAUUCCAGCAAUAUUCAGAAUUGUAUCAGAAAUAUACAUAGAACCAAAGCAACCAUGACUGGUUGUCUGCUUGCUUGCAUGAACGAGGUUCAGCUGCAGCUUCUCUAAGGAGGAACAGAUUUGCUGUAAAACAUAAAGCAUGCAGAGAACCUUAGAUGCCUGACUGCAGUUUCCAUCUGUCCCCACUUCCAAAUAUGUUUCCCUUCUCCCAUGUCCCCACAUUACUUAUGGGAACAAGUCAAAAUAUCUCAAAUAGUUCCAUCAGGGAAUGAAGAGUUGUUACAUUCCUACGUACAACACAUACAAAAGAAAUGUGUGUGUUACCUAUGCUGUGUUCUGUUAUUUACUAAUACUGGUUGCAUGUUGUCAAACAUAUUUUAUCAUUGAAUUUAGCAUUGAUCCACUAUGUUUUUGCUUCAGAGAAAAUCCCUUACUUUUCAAAUUCUACUUGCAUGCAUUCAAGGAAACAAAGCAAGAUACUUUCUGAGCUGAGGGAAGAGGAAAAGGAUGCUGAACAGGGUGCAAUACUGUCUCCAAGUAGGGAGCCAGGCAGUAAGGAUGAGUUAUGGAUGUUACUUUACUUCAUAUCUCCCACUGUUAUGUGCAGUACCAUUGUCUUUUGCUCUUGUCCUGAAAUCGUACUCACCAUUUUCUUCCAGGCAUGCUUGCUACUUUCUCUUUAGUGUUUGGUAUUCUCUCUCUGCUAUGAGCAUGUAUUUCAAGCUUUUUUUUUUUUUAAUAUGCGUUUUUGCAUGUUAGUCCUGCGGCCCUUCCUAUCACCAGCUAGUACUGAAUAAAAUUUUAUAAUGUGCACACUCCAACUAACCAUUUCAGACCAAUGCUUCACACCUUCAUCUUCAUCUCUGGGGUACAGUGGUUGCAUAAAUCAGUGACUUUUCUGGAAAGACAGGAGGCAUUUCAAUUUUUUUGGCAGAUCAAAGAACCCAAAGAACUAUUUGUAAAGAGUAAUAUCUAAAGCAUCAUUAUGGGAACUAUUGUGUAGAACUUGUUAAUCAGAUUUACUUCUGCUAUGACCAUGCUUCCUGUUCAUAUUGUGAAUAACACUUGGUGCGCUGUUGAUCCCUGUUUAGAAAAAGGUACCUUUUGACAUCAUCCAGCAUUUUGGCUUUGUAGACACUAAACAUUUUCUGAAUUGAAAGAGGGCAGUUGUUUGUCCACCACUGCCAUCUGAAGCUUGUGCCAAUGUACUUUUAUUGAAAUCUCUUCAUAUUCAAUAUAUUUUUCAUAGAUUUAUAUUAACUAAAUGAAGUUGUCAUGUUAAUAAUAGAUUGCUGGACAAUUUUAGGCCACCAAUAGUGCUCUAAUUCUUUUCUGCUAGAGCCCUCAAAAUUGACAGGCAUACUGCCAGGACAUGGUUGUCAUGGUUGCCUUUUGUUUUGGUCUCUAAUUUUCAGAAAUGACCUUAUUUUAUUCCUCAGGAGAACCUGAUAGUAUUCUUGGCAUCAUGGCAUAAUUAAGAGAUAUAUAGCUUGUAAGUGGACAUAGUAAAAUUAGAUGAGGUUGCAGAUGCUUCAUAAUUUUAACAUUCAGUGCAUUUUUGUGUGAAUAACAUCCAUUCUUAUGUUUGGCAUUUUCUGAAUAUUUGCAUUAUAAAUUAGAAUAGUGUAAUGACUGUGUAUAAAAAUCGUCUAUACCUAGUAUGCUUUAUCAGCACAGAAUAUAUAUGUAUAAAUAUUUCAUGUUGAUGUGCAAAAUAAAUUGCAAUAAAUUAUUUUUUCCACUGA